UGUGCUGUCUCCCUCCCUUUCUCUCCAUCCCUCUGUCUCUCUGAAGUUGCCUUCAUCGUAGACCUGGACAGUGACACCGCAGAUAAGUUCCUGCAGCUCUUUGGGACAAAGGGCGUGAAGAGGGUUCUGUGCCCCAUCAGCUACCCAGAGUCUCCCAUGCGCUUCACCCACUGUGAACAAGUGCUGGGAGAGGGCAUCCUGGACCGAGGCACUUACUACUGGGAAGUGGAGAUCAUCGAGGGGUGGGUCAGCGUGGGUGUCAUGGCGGAGGACUUCUCCCCCCGGGAACCCUACGAUCGAGGCCGGCUAGGCCGAAAUGCCCACUCCUGCUGCCUGCAGUGGAACGGCCGAAACUUUUCUGUCUGGUUUUAUGGGCUGGAGGCAACCCUUCCUCACUCCUUCUGUCCCACAGUGGGGGUCUGCCUGGAAUACGCUGACCGGGCACUGGCUUUCUAUGCUGUGAAGGAAGGGAAAGUGAGCCUCUUGCAGAAGCUUCGAGCCUCUAAGCCUCGCCGGGGUGGGUCCCCUGGUUCUCCCCUGACCCCCUUCCAAAGCAGGCUGGACAGUCACUUCCCCAAUCUAUUCACCCACAGGCUCAAGCCUGCCUUCUUUCUGGAGAGUGUGGAUGCCCAUCUGCAGAUUGGGCCCCUCAAGAAGUCAUGCAUCUCUGUACUAAAGAGGAGGUGAUGCUGGGAAGGAGGGACUCCCCUCCUCCUCCUUUCAUUCCCAGAGCACUCCCUGGUCAGAUACUCCAGGAAAGUUGCCAACUUCAUAUUUAAAAUACAGCCUACCCCGUUUCCCCAUCCCCGGUGGCAGGGUCCAAGGGAACCUCUGUCUUUGCUCUCCCUCUUUCCCUCACCACCUCCACUGACUGCCUCCCUUGGGACAUUAGCUGACUAGCAUCAGACAUCCAUGUGGCUUCUAGACAGGGCUUCUGCCAGGCAGAGCCAGGGCCAGGAAGGGAUUAGCCAGCCUGCCAAGCCUUAUCUAGCUCUCCAAAGUGACCUUGUCUACCCUCAUCCCUUAUCACCCUGGGAGGCUCCAGCCUAAGCCAGAACUGACCCUGAGAGACGGAACCUUCCUUGUCAAAUUCCUUUCCACUUUUCCUCUUCCCUCCCCACAAUAACAUGCCUGACUCCCACGAGCUCUUGUCUUUGUUGCUAUUGCCAUCUGCCUUCCCCACUGGAAUCUUGAUCAAGCCAACCAACCCCACACUGUGCCUGGGAGGAAGGAAGAGGGAGGAGACAGAGCUGAGCCCUAUCUGAUUAGCCUGCACACAGAGCAAGAGAUAGAGGGCUACAACCCCAAAAUGUCCCUUCAGGAACAUAAGGGACCUGGAAGGGGGGUAGGGGGGAUUUCUCUGCCAUCCCACCUGCCUCUGUUCUCUCCAGCUGUAGUUCUGGGCAGGAGCAGCCAGAGGUAACCCCUCUGCUGCCCCCCACCCAGGGCCUGACCACAGCGAUCCAUUCUGGGCACCCAGAGUAUUUGCUUUGGAAGGGUUGGGUUCCCACCAGUUAUUUUCAUCCCUGUUGCUGUAGCAUUAUUCUGAACCUUUCUCUUGGCUUUGCCCAAAAUCAAACACAGACGCCAUUCUCAACGGCCAGAAUGGGCCUCUGGAGACUGCACCAUCCUAGAACUGGGAAAAGAGUCAGCUCCACUGUGGCAAAUGUGCCCCAAGGGCUGGGACAUAGACUGCUGCUCCCACUGGCACACACACAACUUCCUGAGGAAAAUAAGUGCCUAAGACAAACUGUGUAUCAGUAGCAAAGUGUAUCUACAAUAAAGGGAAGUACCUA